CACACACACACACACACACACACACACACACACACACACACACACACACAAAGAUCAACACAGCUGGAUACAUACAUAGACAAAGCCGUUCACACUGACAAACACAGACAGACGACAGAAGCCUUGCACCACAAACACUCGCACCAAUAUCGUCGUCGCCUCGUCGUCACCGUGGAAGGCGCUGAGGACGACGCGCUCCUCCUCGUCCGUGUUCAUUAUAGCUGUUCACUUAUCUUGUUCAUUUGUGGCGUUCAUUGUGCGGCGGCGGCGGCGGCAGCGGCUUCGCUUGGUGUGGGUUGAGCCUUUGUGUUAAAAUGGCUGAGGGGAUGCGGCUUUGUGGCUGGCGGGGCGGGGGAGGGGAAGGCAGGGAGGAGGAAGGGGGACGGAUAAUGGUUUUAUUCAUCCCCUCAAAGUGAUUCGCUCCAUUUCGCCACCAAAUAAUUCAUGGAUAAAUGGAGGCGCUCUGUCUGCAAACAACAGAUGGGGCCAAAUCUAAUCAUCUCCGCCACUCCAUCCGCAGCCCCGCCCACAAACACACUUGGAGGCGGGCAGCGGAGACAAAGCGCCUAACUGACUGGUCAGGUAGACGUGGGCGUGUCGAAGGUUUGCAGCCGUCGCUGUGAUUGGUGGCUGCGGUCACUGGGUUGGCUCUCGCAUGUCGUUCCGCCUCCUGAUUCGUACAUGGGGUGGCGCUCGGGAGGUAGGGUGGUAACGGGCCUUGUAAAAAUGGUCUCGUCCUAACAUUUGUCAUCAUUAUUUAUCAGGCAGCUCCUGGGGAGAGAGCACUCUGGGUCCCGGCCCGCCCACGACUCACAGAUUUGUGUCACUCGGGACAGUUGGUUGCCUGAGGUUGUCCGGGGAGGUGUUGGCGUAGUGUGGUGUGUGCGGAGCCUAAACCAUGCCCGUGUGUGAAGCGGACAUGACGGAGGCUGAAUGUUUAUCUCCGGGGCUGGUGGAAGACGCUGCCCCUACUGCGCCUUGCAGCGAGGAUGAGAUUGAUCCCGGCGAGGAGGAGGAGGACUCUCAGGCCCGCCAGGACGCCACAGGAAGUCCAAGUGACGCCGACGAUAAAUCCAAAAAGGACGGCGGGUUAGUGAAGCCUCCGUACUCGUACAUCGCGCUCAUCACGAUGUCCAUCCUGCAGGCGCCCAAGAAGCGCGUCACGCUGAGCGAGAUCUGUGAGUUCAUCAUCAACAGGUUCCCUUAUUACAAGGCCAAGUUCCCCGCCUGGCAAAACUCCAUCCGUCACAACCUGUCGCUCAACGACUGCUUCGUGAAGGUGCCGCGCGAGCCCGGCAACCCCGGCAAGGGCAACUACUGGACCCUGGACCCCGGGGCCAUCGACAUGUUCGACAACGGAUCCUUCCUCCGCCGCCGCAAGCGGUACAAGCGGCAGCAUCCCGACUUUCUGAACGACCCUCACGUAUUCUCCUUGCUGGCCACAGGUAUGGUAGACCCCUAUCACCUGCAACAGCAGCAGCAGCAGGCGGCGGCGCUGGUGGGGCCGCACCCGACCCUCGUGCACCGUCCCACACCUUACGCCCACCAUCCCUAUCUUCACGCCGCCAGCCUGCACCACCCACACGCACAUCUCCACCACCCAGUCUUUGCUCCUCACUCGGAAUUUUUAAGAAGUAUACGAGGCGUGUUACCACCCACGUCCCUUGCCGGUGGCGGGCCCGCACCAUCUUCCGCCACCGUCUUCACGCCUACGCCCGUCAAACCGAUGAUGGGGUCACCGCCCUCGCCGCCGCUCACCCGCCCAUCUACCCGCCCUGCCUUUACCAUCGACGCCAUAAUGGGGAAGGACAAGUCACCGCCGCCGCCGCCUACGUGCCGCCCAAAUCCCCUGCCUGCCCUGCCCUUGCCUACGCUUAAUCCGGAGCCCUUCACUCGCCUGCUGGGGCAACCCUUCGUGCCGCGGCCGCUCCCGGGGACGCUGCCACACACCUUCGCGUCGUCGUCCUUGUCCCGGUGAGGCCGUCCUUCGGCGUCAUCUGGAAGAUGGCGCUGUGGACCGGGCCUUCCGCCCCCCAUCACAUUCCGCCCUCUUUGUAUAUACUUUUGUACAUUGUUGUGUAUAUCAUUAAAGUUGUUUUUGAUA